AUGGUAGAAGUGUUUGCCGGCCGGGCACUUGUAAACAAAGAAGGGGAUCUAAUCGAUCCCGAGGAAGCGCUGAGAAACAAAGUGGUAGGCCUGUAUUUUUCUGCGGGCUGGAGUCCAGCGUGCAGAGACUUCAUACCAACCCUCCGUGACUUUUACACGGAACUGGUCGAGGAGAGCGACCCCACUGCACAGUUGGAAAUAGUUUUCAUUUCCUCUGACAAGUCGACGGAGGAAAUGGUCGAAUACUACCACGACAUGCACGGGGAUUGGCUAGCUUUGCCUUGGACUGAUCCAUUUAAACAUGAGCUGAAGAAAAGAUACAAGAUCUCGGCUGUCCCGAAGCUGGUGAUCGUGAAGGAGAACGGACAAGUCAUCACGGACCAAGGCAGAAAACAGAUCAGAGACAGAGGGCUGGCAUGCUUCAGAGACUGGCUGGAGGUGGCAGAAAUCUUCCAGAAUUUUAAAUGCUAAGGAGACCUGCAAAGAGAGGAGAGAGAGGGAGAGAGAGUGUGUGUGUCAGUCGUGUGGUGAAACUGUGAAAUCCGUAGGGCAAAACAGCGUUUUGAGUGAGCGCCUUGAUGUUUUC